AUGUUCACCCGAACGUCUUUGUUGGCGCUCGUUGUCUUGCUCAAUGUGAGCCACGUGCGUGGUGAGAGCAAGAACUGCGACCCGAAGAAAGACUCUGGUUGCAACAAGUUCAUCCGUCCUUUCUAUCCCCACGAGUGCUGGGCUGCGUAUCCUGGGGGGCCAAACUGCACCAGGCAAGGCUCUGCGAGAAUGGGCGGGCGGGGGUUCGAUCCCACCAAGUCCAAAUCGAUUCGCUACAUCAAGCACGGGCAGUUCUUCCUCCAGUAUGCCGAUAACUCCAACCUCAAGGGGUACGAGGCGACCGACAUCGUUCAGUUCGGCGACUUCUACACAGUCACCAAGUUCGGAGGCAUCACGACAUGCAACAGCCCUGACUUCCAGCGCGUCAACGGCAUCCUCGGCUUCGGUCUUCCACAGCAGAUGCCGAUGGAGCUUCCCGGAAUGCCCAGCCCACAGCUGCCGCUUCCUCUGCUCUUCGAUCUCACAGACCCCAGGGUCAAGGACAACGCCAAGAACCACAUGCUCAGGAAGAGAGCCUUCUCCUUCUUUUCCACCGAUGACCAGGCUGAGAUCCAGCUGGGCGGAGUCGAUCCAGAGUCGAUCAUCGGCAAGAUGCACUUGACAACCACCAUCCAGCCAAACGACUAUGCCGUUCCUGUUCACUCGAUCAAGUUCGGAGACGUGGAGCUCCUGCAGUUCUCCAACCCCAACCUGAAGGUCCCCAUCGGCUGUCAGGGAGACGAAUGCCACCCUCCCUUCCUUGCUGGCAUUCUUGACAGUGGAACUUCAUGCUUGGUUCUCCCCGAUGCUCCUGUCCCCGGCAUGUUGAGCAACAAGCCCUUCACUCAGUGGAAGCACAUGAUUGGAGGAAACACAAAGGCCCCCAAGAAGCAUGACACUUUCCACGUUAACAUCGCAGGCACAGUUUACGACAUUCCCUUCUCGGACUGGUACAUCACCCAAGGCUCCGACUCGGAUCAGUCUUGCGUACAGAGGAUGCCUGGAGGCAUGCCAAUGGUGCUUGUCGGGGACGUUCUUUUCCGUCGCUAUGUGGUCAUGUUCGACCUCUCCACCUUUCCCGGCCCAGUCACCAUCGGUAUCGGAAAGAGAAAUCCCAACUACAAGCUCGCUACCAAGCAUGAGACGAUCAGCAAGAUCACCGCGCACAAGCAGCCUGCACAGGUGAACCAUGAGAGCACGCAGUAUUUCGUCAACGUCUCUAUUGGCACUCCCAGGCAGAAGAUGCCUGUCAUCUUCGAUACCGGGAGCAGCGUGUUCGGGGUCUUCUCCAAGUGCAUGUCGGAGAACGUAGCCGCAGACAUUGGACUGCCGGGAAUUCAGUGCGACUUCGGGCAGGCUUCAGAGAAGACUUUGCUGGACCGCAAGGACAUUCUUGACCCAGUGCACUUGAAGGAAAAAAGAAAGGCGCAGCUCAAGAGCCUCGGGGAGAGGAGUCAGGAGCUCCGUGCUGGAGGGCCCAAGGCGCUGCUGCAGACUGGAGAGCAGAGCUCGAGGAGCGAAUCAAGCAUGCUGGUCCCUGUUGCGUUCGUGGGAGUCGCGAUGUUGGCUGUCAUGCUCGUCAAGUUUCGAUCUUGA